AUGGUCUGGUGGAGGUCGUCGUUGCUUGUGCUCCUGGCGGCUGUAGCAAGCGGCCAGGCCAACGACUUGGAGCGCAGCCAUGGAAUCAGAGGACAGCAACCUCUCACUUCCAAUGCGCAGUCCAGCUCCAGACCAAAUAUUGUCUUCAUCUUGACUGAUGAUCAGGACCUGCGCAUGAACUCUCUGUCUUAUAUGCCCCAUGUGAAGGAGCACCUCAUUGACCAAGGCACAUUCUUCCAGCGCCAUUACUGCACCAUUGCGCUCUGUUGCCCGUCACGCGUGAGCUUGUGGACAGGGAGAGCAGCUCAUAACACCAAUGUCACCGAUGUCAAUCCUCCCUAUGGUGGCUAUCCCAAGUUUGUCAGCCAGGGCUUCAAUGAGGCAUGGCUUCCCGUCUGGCUGCAAGAUGCUGGCUACAACACGUAUUAUACGGGCAAGCUCUUCAACUCCCACGGCGUGAACAACUACGACUCGCCGUUUGUCAACGGUUUCAUUGGUUCCGACUUUCUCCUGGACCCUCACACCUAUGAAUACCUAAACGCCAGCUUCCAGCGAAAUCGAGAGCCCCCUGUCAGCCAUGAGGGAGAGUAUUCCACCGACGUCCUCGCCAGGAAGGCGUAUGGAUUCCUGGAAGAUGCCAUCUCGGAGCAGAAGCCGUUCUUCUUGACAAUUGCCCCCAAUGCUCCUCACAGCAAUGUCAAAUUUGAGGAGAGUUGGUUCAACGGGAGUGCUUCGGCUCAUACAAUCACGACCACUCCCCCCAUCCCGGCUGACAGGCACAAACACUUAUUCCAAGAUGCUGUGAUCCCGCGCACUCCAAGCUUCAAUCCAGACGAGCCUCACGGCGUUUCCUGGAUCAGCACUUUGCCCAAGCAGAACAAGACAAACGUUGAUUUCAACGACGAGUUCUAUCGCAACCGAUUACGUGCCCUCCAAGCGGUCGAUGAGAUUGUCGAUGGUGUCGUCGCUCGUUUGAAAGAGCAUGGGAUACUCGACAAUACUUACGUGUUCUACUCGACCGACAAUGGCUACCACAUAGGUCAACACCGUCUGCAGCCGGGCAAGGAGUGCGGCUAUGAAGAAGACAUCAAUAUCCCCUUGAUUGUCCGUGGUCCUGGCAUACCAAGAGGGAAGUCGAGUGAACUUGUAACCUCCCACACGGAUCUGGCGCCUACCUUUCUGUCUCUGGCGGGCGGGCAAAUUCGAUCGGACUUCGACGGCAGCAUAAUUCCUUUGACUGCCAAUCAACUCGAUGAUGACUCUGUCGACACACGCGGAGAGCAUGUGAACAUUGAGUACUGGGGCUUUGCACUUGCAGAGGGCAAAUACGGGAGUGCAAUGUACUGGAACAACACCUACAAGGGACUUAGAGUGAUCGGCACCAACUAUAAUCUGUACUACAGUGUGUGGUGUAGUGGUGAACACGAACUCUAUGAUUUGAGGAACGAUCCUUACGAGACACAUAAUCUGUUCAAUUCGAAUCACUCUUCUAUCUUCGAAGUUCCGACCACAGCGCCGGCCACUCCGCCAACUGUCACCACUUUACAACACCUCAUCUCUCGGCUGGAUUCGCUGGUCAUGGUUCUCAAGACAUGCAAAGGACGGACUUGUACACACCCGUGGGAGACACUCCAUCCCCACGGCGAGGUAGGCAACCUGCAAGAUGCCCUUGAUGCACGCUACGACGACUUCUAUGAGCUCCAGCAGGAAAGAGUUCGGUUCGAAAAGUGCGAGAAGGGCUACAUCCUAGAGAGUGAAGGGCCUCGGCAUGUGAAGGCAUUUUCACCUGGAGAUCAUGGACCCAGAGGAGGAGUGCAUUGGAGUGAGCUAGUAUAA